GAACAAUCUAGUGUUAGAUCGAGUGUGUACUUUAUCUGUAUUUUCUUGACAGUCGGGGAAGUUACGUCCAUGAAUUAAUCAGUGUCCUUAACACGUGCAUCCGUUCAACAUUUGAGUUUUGGCCAUGGAUGAGUUAAGGGAGAGGAACAUUGUUCUUGCAAAAAUAUGUGAACAAGCUGAACGAUAUGAUGAAAUGGUCAAAGCUAUGAUUGAGAUAGCUACAAAUAGCGAAACUGAGCUAACAGUCGAAGAACGAAACCUUCUAUCUGUCGCUUACAAAAACGUCAUUGGUGCCCGCCGAUCAUCGUGGAGAAUAAUAAAUUCAAAGGAGAGCCAAGAUGAAGCUAAGGGGUCAGACGAAAUACAUAUAACCAAGAGAUUUCGAGAAGAAGUGGAAAAAGAGUUAGACGAAAUAUGCACGAGUAUUUUGAACCUUCUGGAUAAUUGCCUGUUACCAAAAGCUGUUUCAGACGAAUCAAAAGUCUUCUUAAAUAAAAUGAGAGGCGAUUAUUAUCGCUAUAGAGCCGAGUAUUCUGUCGGGAACCAAAGAAAAGAUGCAGCCGAAAACAGUCUUUGUGCAUAUAAAAAAGCGGCAGAGGAUGCUGAAAAACUUCCCAUUACUCAUCCUAUUCGACUAGGUCUUGCUCUAAACUUUUCAGUGUUUUAUUAUGAGAUUCUUAAUAACUGUGAACAAGCGUGCAAGUGUGCAAGAGUAGCGUUUGAUUCGGCUAUCGCUGAACUAGAUACAUUAUCGGAAGAAAGCUACAAAGAUUCAACAAUAAUUAUGCAACUAUUAAGGGAUAAUCUUACACUUUGGACCUCAAAUAAUGAAGGCGAAAAGGAUACUGCUGCUUCUCCUAAGGGUGAUAAGAAGUGACCAUUGACUUUCUAUCCACUUUCUCACCUUAGUAAUACUGAUUGCUUCUUUUUACUCUGUGGAUAUCUGUAAGAAAAAAAGCUUCAUUUAAUUCUUCCAGCUGGUCAGUAUUUGUAUUCUGCUAAAAUUGUGCAGAGGUUAUUCAAUAUAGAACAAUUUGUCU